GGCGAGGGCUCUGCGCACGCGCAUCGCGGCACACGUGGGCGCGGUGGGGUCGCGGUAGUUAGUGGAAGUCGGACCAGGGGGACGCGGAGGACGGGAGGGGCGCGCCGGGUGGGAUCGAGCCCGGGACGCCGCGGAGGGCGGAGGCCUCGGGGCGGUGGGCUUGCGAGCUCCCCCGGUCUUCCCCGGGAACCCCGUCUCCUGGGCCGCACCCCCCUCGUCCGGACCCGCGUACUUUCCUGCCUCCGGCCCUCGGUUUACUCCCCUCUGUCCUCCUGGAGUUAAGUGUCUGUAGGUACGAGAAAUCGUAAGACAUAGUCCACCCUGGUCCUUCAGUGCUCCGCUGCCUAGAAGCGGGGACGGACCACAAGGUAACUACAGUUCGGUAUGGUCGUGGAUGCCCCCAAGACAUAGCACAAAAGGCACCUCAGCAAGGCCUGUUUUUCUCCUCCAAAACUGUUACUUCUCAUCAGUCAGUACUUUGUUUUCUGGAUCAUGUGACCUAAGACUGUGCUUAUUGAACUGCUUGGUUCUCAUCUCCCCGGCUAGAUUCUGAAGGCGGGAGUUCCCACGCCUGUCUUGGCCUCCCCUCCGGAGCACAUAACUAUUUUUCGGAAUGGCCGCGGCUCCUCAGGCACCGGGGAGGGGCUCCGUUCGGAAGACGAGACCCUUAACCGUAAAGACCUCGCUGAACAACCCUUACGCCAUCUGCUGGAGCGCGCUCGAGAGAGAACACAUGCACUUCAUACUGCAGACGCUUGAAGACAGAUUUAAAUCUCUUGGGCUUCGGAAGAUUGAGGAUAAGAAGAAAAAGAGAAAGCAGUUUUUAAAAAAACCAAGCCCAGACAGGUGUGGCACAGAGGUUGAGAAGAGCGAGGGCCCGAGGGAGAAACCGCCAGAAGGUAGCGAGCAGGGGUCGGGGUGGACCCCCGUGGACGUCAGGAAGCAGCUCGCCAUUGGCAUCAAUGAAGUCACCCGCGCUCUGGAAAGGAACGGGCUGCUGCUGGUCCUGGUGUGCAGGUCAGCCAAGCCCGCCAUCCUCACCUCGCACCUGAUUCAGUUAAGUCUGAGCCGGGCGGUUCCCGCUUGUCAGGUUCCCCGGCUCAGCGAGAGGCUCGCACCGGUCAUCGGCCUGAAGUGCGUCCUGGCCUUGGGGUUCAAAAAGACCACCACAGCCUUUGACGCUGAAGUCAGAGCUAUAAUUCCCCGAGUACCCAGCUUACACGUGCCCUGGCUUCAAGGCAGACCCGAGGACUCCGGGGCAAGUUUAGACACUGCGUCCUCAGAAAGCCGAGACAGAGAGAUUUUGGACACGUCCUUUGAAGACCUCUCUAAACAGAAAAGAAAGCUUGUUGGAAGUCAGCAGGCUGUGGUGUUACAACCCCUUAAAAUAAAGAAACUGAUUCCAAACCCCAAUAAGAUAAGGAAACCACCCAAAGGUAAAAAAACGACCUCAAAGUAAUCUUGGGUCAACUUAUCAUUUCACACAGUUGUAAGAUGACACUUUACGAAGAAGCCUUGGAACUAAUAAAAUGCGUUAUUUUUACGUGUAUUCUUGAAUACUUUUAGUAACAUCCGUUUCAUAUGUGUAAGACUCUUUGUAUAGCUGGAUGGGCUGACGCUUGAAAACACUAAGUGCAGAAAAUAUCCAGAAGUACGAAUAUCGUAACAAAAGUUUAUUGCGACUAACGUCCAUGCUUGUAUAAAUUCACUUUCCAAGAGGCUGGUACCAAUGCUAGUAAGCAAGAAAAUCUGCAUCCCACGACACUUAACAUCUUUCUGGCAGGCUUGGAAGGUGUGCCACAGUAAACAGGUUCUAGUUAGUGCUGCCGGUGAGAGCGGACUGCAGAUGCAUCAUCAGCUUUAAAAGAGCUACCAAACACCAAACAAUACAUCGUCUUUAGAAACAUCACAAAAACGGGGCACCUGGGUGGCUCAGUGGGUUAAGCGACCGACUUCGGCUCAGGUCAUGGUCUCGCGGUUUGCGGGUUCGAGCCCCACAUCGGGCUCUGUGCUGACAGCUUGCACAGAGCCUGGAGCUUGCCUCUGAUUCUGUGUCUCCCCCUCUCUCUGCCUCUCCAAUGCUCAUGCUCUGUCUCUCUCUGUCUCUCAAUAAUAAACA